AUGAGUGACUCAAAAAAGGAUUUACCAUCUGGAAUUCUCUAUAUUAAUAAUGCACUUGCUUUACGAGGAUUAUUGCCAGAUGGUAAUCAACGAAUUCUAAAUUUCAAUUCUUCAGAUUCUCAUGAAGUAAUCAAAAUUAUUUAUGAUCUUUUAGAAAAAAGAGACAAAGAUUUAAUAAUACACGAAAAUUCUCUUGAAAAAUUAAAAGAAAUUCAGUCUCAAAAUGAAAAAUACUCUCGUCAGCUGAAUAACAUGAAAUCAAAACUGGAAGAAACAGAGAAAGAAGUAAUUUCACUAAAAAAAAAGCUAGAUUAUACAAAUAAAGAACUUUCAACUGCGUUGAUUGAAAAAAAAUCAGCAAAAGAUUAUAUAUCAAAAAUAAAAAAUUCUUUAAUAUACAUAAAAUCACAAUACGCAAACGAUCUUCGAAAAAAAGACCUACAACUAUCAAAAUUAAAAGAAUAUCUUUUGGGUUCAGAGUUAUCUAAAAAAAAUAAAAAUUCAUCAACAAUGCAAAUACAAACAAAUUCGAUUUUACAUAAAGGCCCAUUAUAUACACCAUCUUUAGCAAUAGAAGACCUAACUAUAAAUGAAAAAUUGUCCGAAGAAGCAUUUUCUAAUCUUAUUUUUCUCUCUAGAAAAGUCUCAAACACCAAUAUACAACUCAACAAUAUUAUUUUUCAAGUAUUAUCUGAUCUCGACUAUCUUAUUGGAACGAAAGUAGAUCAAGAGCCAUUGUUUUCAUCAUCUACACUGUCUCCUAUAAUUUUAGAAGCACAGUUACAAGUUAGACUGAAAUUAUUAUCUGAUAUUAUAUUUCAAUCAAAUAAUAAUACUCCAUUAUCAGAAACACAAACAAAAGAUCAAGAAAUAUACUUUCUAAAACAAGAAAUACAAAAAUUUAAUAACAGUUGGACUAAUACAAAAGAGUUUUUAAAUAAUUUUCAAAAAUCUAUAUUCGAAAAUAAAAACACUCCUAUUGAAGAAUGGGAAGAAAAUCAGAUAAAUGCAAGAAAUAUUUCCAAUAAAAAUAUUUCGCAUAUAUUCCAAAAACAAAAAGAAGACUCAAUAAAUGAUUACCAAUUAUUAUUGAUGGAGCAAAAUAACAAAAUAGAAUUUUCUAAUAAUUCAAAAACUAUUGUUCAUGCUAACACAUCAUUCGAAAAAGAAAAUGCCUUACAACAAGAAUUAGAAGAAGUACUCGGUUUACUUCCUAAGACACCUGUUCAAAAAUAA